ACGGCGAGGCGGGCGCCCAGAGCCGAGCAGCGCAGCCUGCGGCACCAGCGCGACCCCGCGGACCGCGACGCCGCCCUCCCACACUCACCUCCUUCUCUCCCCUCCAGAGUCGCCGCGUCUGGGACCCAGCCGUUCCGGCCAGACUGCUGCAUCCUCCAGCGGCGACCGACCCAUGGCGCGGCUCCUCAGACUUUGCACUUGGCUGCUGGCGCUGGGCCCCGGGCUCCUGGCCACGGUGCAGGCAGAAUGUAGCCAGGACUGCGCGGCUUGCAGCUACCGCCUGGUGCGCCCAGGCGAUCUCAACUUUCUGGCUUGCACACUAGAGUGUGAAGGACAGCUGCCUUCUCUCAAAAUCUGGGAAACCUGCAAAGAUCUCCUGCAGGUGUCCAAGCAGGAGCUUCCUCAAGAGGGUGCCAGCUCACUUAGAGAAAGCGGCAAACAGGAUGAGAGCCACCUGCUCAGUAAGAAGUACGGAGGAUUCAUGAAGAGGUAUGGGGGCUUCAUGAAGAAGGUGGACGAGCUGUAUCCUGUGGAACCAGAAGAAGAGGCCAACGGAGGUGAGAUCCUCACCAAAAGGUAUGGGGGCUUCAUGAAGAAAGAUGCCGAAGAUGGGGACGCCCUGGCCAAUUCUUCAGAUCUGCUGAAGGAGCUGCUAGGAACAGGCGACGACCGUGACAGAGAGAACCACCACCAGGAGGGUGGUGACAGUGAUGAGGGCGUAAGUAAGAGAUAUGGGGGCUUCAUGAGGGGCCUCAAGAGAAGCCCCCAAGUGGAAGAUGAAGCUAAGGAGCUGCAGAAGCGGUAUGGGGGCUUCAUGAGGAGGGUGGGCCGCCCGGAGUGGUGGAUGGACUACCAGAAAAGGUACGGAGGCUUCCUGAAGCGCUUUGCUGAGUUUCUGCCCUCGGAUGAAGAAGGUGAAAGUUACUCCAAAGAAGUUCCUGAGAUGGAAAAGAGAUAUGGAGGAUUUAUGCGAUUUUAGCAUCCUUUCCUGCCAGUCCCCAGAUCCUGUAUCCCAAGCUUCCCUUUAGCCCAAAGUGAGCAACUGCCCCAACAUCGUAUUCUACUGUCGUGUGUGGCUUGCACUAUAUAGUUGACUUUAUAAUCUGGAUGAUUAUAUGGCCUGAGCUAUCAUUUCAGGCUCUAUGUACUUUUGAGAUUCUUAAGUUUAGUCUACCGCAUCUAUCAACUUUUCAUUCUAAAAUAUUUUUGUUACCUUUUCCCUUAUUUUGAAAAAUGUCAAUAAAUGCUUCCUUGUAUGUAAAUACAAUAAACUCAUCUCCCCAACUGGACAAUG